AUCAGCUUUGUCAGCUUGGCAGGCUAACAAUGCCACUUUUUGGCUGGAUGAAAUGGCCAAAAACUGAUUCCUACAAACCCACACAAUACGCCGACUCCGAUGUAGUGACAAAGACUCUGCUUCGGGAAUUAAAAUGGCAUCUAAAGGAGCGUGAGAGAUUAAUACAAGAAAUAGAAUAUGAACAAAAAGCAAGAAAAACAGGUGUGGAUUACAACUGGCUGAGAAACUACCAGACUCCUCACACAACUAUCCCAGCUACUGAACAAAGACAGCUGGAAGUUCUCUGUUCACAGGUUCAGCCUUGCCAAACUGGAACUAUUCUCAGCAGAUUUCGAGAAGUUUUGGCAGAAAAUGAUGUCUUGCCAUGGGAAAUAGUCUACAUCUUCAAGCAAGUUCUGAAAGACUUCCUCCGCAGCCUGGACAGAGGCAGUCCUGGAGAGAGCCCGCAGGAGUUCCGGGAGCCAGGCUGUCCCCGCCCCUCUGGACACCCAGGUGACUGCGCCCGGACUGCAGGCAGAGAAGAGAUACCCACUGUUUCUAGUUAUGUAGACAGACACGCGAAGAGCAGGUUCCCACCAUGCUCACAGAGAACGUGGAACCUACCGGAUUAUUAUCCACCAAGUCAGGAGGGCACCAACAGCCAGCAAUUUUUACGACCUUAG